AACUGUUGCUUGCCAGGACUUGUUUCUGUGUUACAAACUUUGCCUAAUGCAUUGCCCUGUUGCUCCUGACCUUGUUUUAGCCCCUGCUCAAAGCCACAAGUCUCAUGAAAUUGUUUUGAUCCAGUUUAGCUCCUCGUGGUUUUUAGUGUCUAUAGACAAAUCCCUCUGGGGAAAAAUGAAGCCCUCACUGUAACCAGGGAUAGGUUUUCUGGUAGAGCUUGUGUCUCAGCAGGCAAGGAAGAAAUCUCCUGGUGCUUAUAGUUAAGUGAUGAGGAAAGGAAAACAAUCCUUUUUAAAAAGAGCAGUCGACAGCACCGUGCUGGGGUAAUGUGUACUGAUGAGCCCUGCAGGGUAUCUGUUACUGAGGAUGACACCAGGUAAGGAUGAAACUCCCAGGAGUGGGGCUGGGGCGGGAGGCGGUAAGCUGUGCUGUGAUCAUAAAAUUGCUAGACCUCAGUGAUAGCAAAAUGCUCAAAAUCCGAGCACAAAGCAGCCCAGAAAAGAGCAUGGGAUUUUUUUUGUCUGCCAGAGAACAGAGGGUCACUUAGCAAUUAACAUACGAGUGAAAGAAUUAGGUUAAGGAAACCUGAUCAGCUAGAUGGCUGCUGUGGUUUCAGCCUUCCUCUUUCAGGUCUCCAGGCUUGGAAAGGAGGUAAAAUUCUCUUGCUCAGGUUGUCCUGAGUGCAGGCUCAGAACAAACCCACCCGAAGUGCCAGCAAGCAUUGUGUAGGGACAUCUCUCUGCCAAAGUGAUAAACUCUGACCUGGUCAGACAGCUCUGUGCUGUGGCCAAAUCAGAGUGGAAAAAUGAGUAUCAGCUGUUGAGGGCAAAAAUAAAGGAAAGCAAGGUGAUAAAUUCCUUGUAUGAAGUUACCAUAGUAUGACUUCAUAAAGUGAGUUAGGAUUCAAAUAGCAUGUUGUCAGAACAUCUUUCUCUGUGGUAUUUUGGUACUAUUGCUGCUGAGCAUAAAUUUGCAAAGCUCAGACCAUUAUUUCAGUAACAUAUAGGUGAGUGUUAAAUUCUGCACUAAAAAAUGGAACAUGUUAAAAUCUCUGUUUAAGAGCUCUCUGACUUUUGGUCAGCAUAUUAUGAGCUUGGGCUUUAGCUCUUUAUUUUUGUGAAAUUAUGCAUCUAAACCUGCCAGCUUUCAGUGUCUGAUGUGCUGUCAUCCUCCAGUGAAGCUAUGCAGGCUUGCAAAAGCCAACCUCCAAGGUCAGAGCUUGCCAAAACUUAGCAGAAACAUUUUACACCGUGCCUUCUCUCCUAAUGCGUGUUCAAACCCUGACACACUCACCUCUUGAGCACUGGAGCAGCAAGAUGUAAAAACUCCAGUGUCAUGAGGGCAGUGUGGGAAUAGCAAACGUGCUGGGCUUGUGUGCACGUCUCUGCAAAGCCCAGGAGUCCUAAAAGAAGGAAGAGGUGGAAGAUAACACUGACAUCAUCAUGGAGGGGGCUCUGAUAGCCCGGGACAGAGUUGGGGUGCAGGACUUUGUGCUUCUGGACUCCCACACCAGUGAGGCUGCUUUCCUGAACAACCUCCGCAAGCGAUACCAAGAGAACCUCAUCUAUACAUACAUUGGCACUCUUCUUGUAUCUGUCAACCCUUACAAAGAGCUGGAUAUCUACACAGUGACCCAGAUGCAGCUUUACCGAGGGGUGAACUUCUUUGAACUGCCACCUCAUCUAUAUGCCAUAGCUGACAAUGCCUACCGGGUGAUGUGCAGUGAAUACAACAACCACUUCAUCCUCAUCUCUGGGGAGAGUGGAGCUGGGAAGACAGAGGCUUCCAAGAAGAUCUUGCAGUACUAUGCAGUCACCUGUCCGACCACAGAGCAGCUGCAGGUCGUCCGUGAUCGUCUGCUGCUGUCAAACCCUGUUCUGGAGGCUUUUGGAAACGCAAAAACUCUGCGGAAUGACAACUCGAGUAGAUUUGGGAAAUACAUGGACAUCCAAUUUGACUUUAAGGGAGCUCCAGUGGGAGGGCACAUCCUCAGUUACCUGAUCGAGAAAUCCCGAGUUGUCCAUCAAAACCACGGAGAGAGGAAUUUCCACAUCUUCUACCAAUUAUUAGAGGGUGGAGAGAAGGAUCUGCUCUGCUGGCUUGGGCUGGAGCGCAACCCUCAGAAGUAUGCUUAUCUCAUCCAGGGUCGAUGUGCCAAAGUCUUUUCUAUUAAUGACAAGAACGACUGGAAAAUAGUCCGCAAAGCUUUUUCUAUCAUUGACUUCACUGAAAAAGAUUUGGAGCAUCUUUUUGGAAUAGUUGCUAGUGUCCUGCACAUUGGGAACAUUCAGUUUGAAGAAGAUAGCAAUGGACAUGCCAUCAUUCGCAACGGCACUCAGAUCAAGUGGAUUUCAAAGCUCCUGGGUGUCCACUUGUCCAUUCUGCAGGAAGCCCUCACCCAUCGGAAGAUUGAAGCCCGCUCUGAAGAGGUCUUAAGCCCAUUGAAUGUUGAUCUGGCAUUCUAUGCUCGGGAUGCUGUAGCAAAGGCAAUUUAUGGACGGACUUUCACUUGGCUAGUCAACAAAAUCAAUGGCUCCUUAGCCAACAAGGAUUCAACUCGUAAGACUGUCAUUGGCCUGCUGGAUAUCUAUGGCUUUGAAGUGCUGGACACAAACAGCUUUGAGCAGUUCUGUAUUAAUUACUGCAAUGAGAAACUCCAGCAACUGUUGAUUGAGAUGACCUUAAAGGCAGAGCAGGAGGAGUACGAAAUGGAAGGAAUAGAGUGGGAACCAAUUCCGUAUUUUAACAACAAGAUCAUCUGUGACUUGGUUGAGCAGAAGCAUAAAGGAAUAAUUUCCAUUCUGGAUGAAGAGUGCUUACGGCCUGGUGAAGCAACUGACUUGAGCUUCUUGGAAAAGCUGGAAGAGAAAGUAGGAGACCAUGCCCACUUUGUGACUCGCAAGCUUGCAGAUCAGAAAACACGAAAAUCCAUUGACUGGGUGGAUUUCCGCCUCCUUCACUACGCAGGGGAAGUCACAUACUGUGCAGUCGGAUUUCUGGAAAAGAACAAUGAUCUCCUGUACAGAAACCUGAAGGAGGUGCUGUGCAACUCUAAAAAUGGAAUCAUUAGAGACUGCUUUUUACUGUCAGAACUGGACAGCAGGAGGAGGCCAGAGACUGUUGCAACCCAGUUCAAAAACAGCCUAAUGAGUCUGAUAGAAAUCCUGAUGUCCAAGGAGCCUUCUUACAUCCGGUGCAUUAAACCAAAUGAGAACAAGGAGCCUGGGAAGUUUGAUGAUUGCCUGAUCCGGCACCAGGUGAAAUACCUGGGGCUGAUGGAGCACCUGCGUGUGAGACGGGCUGGCUUUGCGUAUCGGCGCAAGUAUGAGCACUUCUUGCAAAGAUACAAAUCCCUGUGUCCUGCUACCUGGCCACACUGGCACGGGCCUGCAGCUGAAGGUGUGGAGAGGCUUAUCAAGCACAUAGGUUAUAAGCCUGAGGAAUACAAACUGGGAAGAACCAAAAUAUUCAUUCGUUUCCCAAAGACUCUGUUUGCUACUGAAGAUGCAUUUGAAAUAAGAAAGCACCUGCUAGUUUCAAGGCUACAAGCCAAAUAUAAAGGACGCCUGGGGAAGAGAGACUACCAGAAGAAGAGAAAAGCAGCUAUCAAGCUGGAGGCUUGUUGGCGAGGAGUGCUGGCACGGAAGGAGGCCAAGAAGAGGACCUGGGCUGUUGAGAUCAUCAGGAAAUUCAUAAAGGGUUUCAUCAAUCGGAAGAAACCUCUGUGCCCGGAGAACAUUGAGUUUGUGCGGCUUGUGCAGUACAAAUACCUCAUGAAGCUCAGAGACCACAUCCCCAGAAACGUCUUGGACAAGAGCUGGCUCCAACCUCCUUCUAUCCUGGAAGAGAUAUCUGAGAUGCUACAGAAAAUGUGCAUUAGGAACCUAGUACGGAAAUACUGCCAAGGCCUCACUCCUGAGAGGAAAGUGCAGUUACAGCAGAAAGCUGUCACGAGUGCCAUUUUCAGAGGAAAGAAGGAGGGCUACCAGCAGAGCAUAAACCUGCCCUUUGCGGACACGCGGCUGAAAGAGACGGAUAUAAACCCCAAAGUUCUGCAGCUCAUACAGGGCGAGAAGGUGAAGUAUGCAACUCCUGUGGUCAAAUACGACAGGAAUGGCUUCAAAGCACGGGAGCGCCUGCUGGUGUUGACCCAGUCCUCGGCGUAUGUGGUGGAAAUGGCCAAGAUCAAGCAGAAAAUAGACUAUGCCACUUUGAAAGGUAUUUCUACCAGUAAUCUGGGUGAUGGGAUCGUGGUCAUCCAUGUUCCUGAGGACAACAAACAAAAGGGAGAUGUGAUACUUCAGUGUGAACAUAUCUUUGAGACGGUCACUAAGCUCUGCAUGCUGGCCAACAAGCAGAACCUCGUUAAAGUUGUGAAGGGAAGCCUUCGGUUUCGCAUUGGCUCUGGGAAGGAAGGGACAAUGGUGUUCACUGUUGGGCCGGAGCCCCAUGUCUUUAAAGCCAAAGAUGGACAGCUUACAGUGGUGUCAAACCAGGCAAAGUCUUGAUGAGAAACAGUUCCAGUUUCUGGUCAUCAGAAAUGGAAAGGAGCCUGCAGGCUGUGACCAGCACCUGCAGCACCCCUGCAAUCUUUGAUGCCAUAGGGUUGCUGUGACUUGAGAGUUUGCUUGCAUCUUUUAGGUACUUUUUUUUUAUAGCUUAAAACUACUGAGCUGUAUCUAAAUAAAUUCAUCACCUUGCUGUAAUGUUCCAGGAUGCAUAGAUCCUUGUUACAUGCUGUCACAGGGUAUUGUUUAGGUAGCUGCACAAGUAAAAUGUCAAUCUGUGCACCUAAUAACCUGUAGCAGAGCUCUGAAGGAAGGAUUCAAAAGGAAACGACUUCUCCAGGCUGUGUUUUGAGUCACUGUACUAACCAGGAGAAACCAUGUGAAGUACAGGUGAAUGGAGUUCAGUCUCUCAAGCAGCAUGCAGAGGUAUGUUUGUAAAUGUAGCAGUGAGGUUGGCACAGGUAUUCCUGAGUUGGUGUAUCAUCUGGAAAUCCCAGGAAGAUCCUUCCUUGUUUCCAGGCACGGGGGAAGGAAAACGUCUUAAAGUAGUACUGUCCUUGCUUCUCCCUGCAAAGCAGCUAUGCAGUGCAGUGAGGCUCCACAAGUGGUGAUGAAUGGGACAGGUGACCACACUUUUUUUUUAAGAGGGGACAUGCUGAUUUGGUAUAAUUUGGUUCAGAGGAAACCUUCAGCAGCAAGAGACUGAAGCUUCGUCUCCCUUUGAGGAGCUGAGAUUCUGCUUGCUCCUUAGGAGUGCAGUUCCCUCUAGCUGCAUAUUUUGCCAGCUAUGAAGAGGUAGAAUACAGGAAUUCCCUUUGCUCUCUCUGGUGCCUCGUGUUGAGGCCAAUCUGUGUAGCUCCUGCUUGACUGAGGCUGCAGCCUGAAUGAGAGCCAGAUCACUGGUGCCUUGGCUGUGAGUGGUUCCAGGAGGUAAAGCUGAUAGCUAGGGGAAGGUGUGUGGUAUUUCUUACUGAAAGUUCUUUCUAGCUCCAGGGACCAUGAGGACAGUGUGUUAGCUACUGAACUUCAAGCAAGUAAUAAAUCAACUCAUGUAAAUAUGAAAUAUCUUCUAAUUUAUUUCAUGUUAUGCUUUAAAAAAAACAAACAAAAAAAAACCAAAACAUUGCAAACAACAACCAUACACUGAAAUCCAUCUUAAGGUUUUUUUGUGUGCAUAAAAUAGGAGGGAAUGAUUGUACAGAACACGAAACAAAACAAC